AUGAAUAUUUUUNGUGGCAAGUCAUUGAUUGACUAUGACAUAGCUCUUUCGUCAGAACCAUGCAUGUUGUUGGGAGUGAGUCUUGGAGUUGUUUGUAACCUUGUAUUCCCAGAGUGGUUGAUCACAGUACUGUUUGCCAUCUUUCUUGCAUGGUCUACGUCAAAAACUUGCAGAAGUGGGUUGAUGCUUUGGAAGUCUGAAUCGGAUCAGAUAAAGAAAAUUGGAGUUGACGAACUUGAGAAGGGGCUGCUAGAAAACGAGACUGUUGAAGAAAGGAAAGUGUUAGCAGUAGGACAUGUGUACAAAGAAAAUAAUGAACCAAAAGAUGUUGAGGUGCCUGUUCCUCUUCUGUCUUCUCAAGGAAAUAGGAAAGUGAGGAUCCCUUGGUUGAAAUUGAUGGUCUUACUUUUGAUCUGGUUCUCUUUUUUCUCUGUCUAUCUUCUCCGUGGCAACAGAUAUGGACAGGGAGUCAUUGAAAUGGAGCCAUGCGGUGUGGGAUACUGGAUUCUGUCAUCGGUUCAAAUACCUCUUGCUGUGGUUUUCACUGCUUGGAUUGUAUUUAGAAAAGAAAGCCUUAGAGACCGAACUCCUAUGCAAGAGAUAACUGAUGUGAAGGUGACAGCAAUCACCAAAAAUAGACCAUCAAAUAUACUUCUUUUUCCGUCAAUGGCACUAUUAGCAGGGAUAUUGGGUGGUGUCUUUGGAAUUGGUGGUGGAAUGCUGAUUAGUCCACUUCUUCUUCAGGUUGGAAUAAAACCUGAGGUAACAGCAGCAACAUGUUCUUUCAUGGUUCUCUUUUCUGCUACCAUGUCAGCAUUGCAAUAUCUGCUGCUGGGAAUGGAACAUGUAGAAGCUGCACUAAUCUUGGCCAUAAUGUGUUUUGUUGCAUCACUUCUUGGGUUAUUAGUGGUUCAGAGAGUAAUUAGGAAGUAUGGAAGAGCCUCUAUAAUAGUUUUCUCUGUUAGUGUAGUGAUGUUUGUGAGUAAUGUUCUAAUGACUAGCUUCGGAGCCAUAAAGGUUUGGACAGACUAUGAAUCACGGGAAUAUAUGGGGUUCAAACUACCCUGUUGAAAACAGUUUUGUUAGACCAGUUUGUGAAUCCUUUCAUGUCAUCAAUAUCAUAGGUAGUCAUGAAUCGAGAAUAACCUUGGACCUUCUAUUUCAAGACUGAGAAAGACAAAUGUGCUACUUGACAAAGUAACGAGAGAGGAUCCAAAUCCUUAUUUUGUAUGACCACAUGCUUAUUGCUAGGGUAUUCAUAAGAAAUGUUAGAAUUCGGGACAUGCUUCAACUUUAUGGUAUUCUUAUUUGUAUGCACGCGAAAUAACAUAUCAAAACUUCCUAUGAAUUGAAAGAUGCCUAGUUCGUUGCAUCUUUC